AUGAUAGCAACGACGACUACGAAAGACGUCGAGAUGGAUCUGUGCAUUUUGCGAAACGUGGAUACCGUAUUGAUAACGAACGGUCGAUUGUACAUCUCGCACGAACGAUACGUGUGGUCAAUCGAUAUAGACGGGAAAACGUACAAGAAACCCUUGCAAUUGACGGACUACAUGAAAUUUCUUCCUAAGAAUUUCACGCGUCUGACGGCCGCGUAUCAGACGUUCUCGGGCAAUAUCAUGCUGUUCGCGGGCAAUAUGAGCUACAUGAUCACUUAUCCGCGUCUAACGCUAGUUUCAACUUGGCCGAGAUCUUACACAGAUCUCGGAAUUCCCGAUACCACCAGGAAGGUCAACGCCGUGCUGAACACGAAUGAAGGACGAACUUUCGUUAUAUACGACGAUAAUGUU